AUGAUUGAUGAGAAUAUUCGUAAAUUAGAAAGCGGUGAAGCAUUUUCAAAACUUGAUAGUGAAGUAAUUGAUAUCAUUAAAAGAACAGUAACAGAAAUUUUACCAAAGAAUGUGAUUGUUAGAAUUGCAGGAGGAUGGGUACGCGACAAAAUACUUGGAAAAGAAAACGAUGAUAUCGAUAUUGCAAUAUCUGGCGCAACGUGUACUGAAUUUUCUCAAACAAUGGUAAAAGUAUUAGGUCCAAAUACGAAAGUAGUCAUAUUAGAAGCAAACCAUGAGCAAUCCAAGCAUCUCAAUACAGCCCGCGUUUGUUUGUUCCGCGAUUUUUGGCUAGAUAUUUGCGGUUUGAGAUCUGAAUCAUAUUCCGAAGGCGAAACUUCAGAGGGAACAGCGCAAUCAGAUGCUAGGCAUCGAGAUUUUUCAAUGAAUGCACUCUUUUUCAAUCUACAAACCAUGAAAAUCGAAGAUUACGUCAAAGGAGUUCAAAGUAUCAAGGAUAAAGUUAUUAGAACUCCAAUAUCUGCCAUUGAAGAUUUCACAGACGAUCCAAAUAGAAUUGUUAGAUGCUUCAGAUUCGUUGCAAAAUACGAUUUUCAAAUUGAUCAAGAAAUAUUAGACGCAAUUCCAAAGAUUAUUCCACUUUUCUUACAUAACAUCACAAAAGAUAGAAUAGCUACCGAGCUUACAAAGAUGCUACAUGCGAAAUCAGCUUUCUUUGCGAUGCAACAUUUAAUAAGCAGCGGAAUGCUCUCUCCAAUUUUCGAUUCUGAGUCAUUGUGGUCACUCGACAUGGAAAAAACUCUCCAGAGAGUACGUCGUGUCCAUCAAAUUCAGCCAGAUUUGACUGGAAAUGAUUCAAUGAUAACUUAUUUCGCUGCUGUUUUGCUUGAUCUCGAAGAAAAGAAAGCUGUUCCUGAUCCAGAGAAAAAGAAUAAGCCAAUGCCAGCGAUAACAUACCAAAUUGUCCGUUCAAUGAGGCUACAAAAUGCUUUGGCUGACAAUGUCAAGAAAAUUUUACAUGGAAAACUAAUGGUUGAAAAGAUAUUUAAAGAUGGAAUGAAUAGAGUUAAUGUCGGAAGGUUCGUUAUGAGUACAGGGCCACUGUUUUAUUUAGUUAGGCCUUUGUUACAAACUGAUGAUUUAUUAGAUUUUUAUGAUAACAAACUUAAACCGUUUAUUGAAGAACAGAACUUAUCGAAAUCGUAUGAGAUGAAGCAGAUAUUGGAUGGCGUGACAUUAGCUUCUGUUCAUGGAAUUAAACCGGGUCCUGGAUUGAAAGAUUUGAUCGACCAGAUGAUUGAUUGGCAAUUUGCAAAUCCAAAUGGAACUAGUGAUGACUAUAAGAAGUAUAUUGCAGAGAAAAAAGGUCAUUAA